GCAUGUGCGCCCCAAGGCUCAUGGGAGCUGUAGGCCCUGCGCGGAGUCGGCGCCCCGUUGCUCGCGCUCUGCCCCCUGCUCUGUGAGGCUGCCCGCGCGGGGGUUGGGGGCGGUGCUUCUCCUCCCCGGCGGCCGCGUCAGAGCCGGCUGCGGGGUCACGCAGCGCCGCGGGCCUGGUGCUGCCGUAAGCGGGGGCUUGUUUUACAGGGUCCUUGCCGGCGGCGGGCGGAGCUGCGCUUAGGCCGCGCUGGGGAGUCUGGCAGCGGGGGCGCAGCCUGGGGUCGGGGGGCGCUUCUGCGACACGAACAGCAGGGAAACAGUCGAGGCGGCUGUUUAAAGAGUGUGGGCAAGGCCCGGAGAGAUCGUCCCGCCUCUGGGAGCUGUGGUGGCCGGCUCAGGAAGGCCGCCCCAGUUUGUUGUAGCUGAAGAAAAAUGAUGGAAGAGAGUGGAAUAGAGACAACCCCACCUGGCACUCCCCCGCGAAGCACAUCAGGGGCAAUAGCUGAUGGGAUCACCAUUGCGGCUACCAUCACUACACCUGUCUCAUUAGCUUUGUCCAGUUCUCUCACUGCUCCAGACAUAUCCCCUUUCCCUCCUCAAUCAUUCUCCACACCUCUACCACCCCCAGUAUCUUCACUUCCUCCUAUGAGGUCGUCAGCGCCUUUGCCAUUUGUGCCUUCCACAACAGUUUCAACUAUUGCACCCCCUUUAAGUCCUGCCCCACCUCCUAUUACCUCUCCAACUGCUUCAGCUUUUAGCGGCGCCAUGUCCCAUUUCUCAACACCUCCUCCUCUAAGCUGUAUUCCUGGCCCUAACCUUUCUGCACCUCCCACGGCACCCCCCAUUUCAGGAUUUUCCAUUGCUUCAUCCUAUGACAUUACCAGAGGUCAUGCUGGGCGAGCACCACAGACCCCGCUGAUGCCAUCGUUUUCUGCACCUUCGGUCACAGGUGUCUUGACAAAUCCUGUUACUCAACAAACAACUUUUCCAUCCUCUCUGGUGCCUGGAACUGGAAGUGGCUCUGCAAUAACUUUCCCAGAGGAGCAUGAAGACUCCAGAGUUGCUGGCAUACAGAAUGAAGCAUCCGCCGGAGGCCUCUGGGGAUUUAUAAAAGGUGUAGCUGGAAAUCCUAUGGUAAAGUCAGUGCUUGAUAAAACAAAACACUCAGUAGAGUCCAUGAUCACCACGCUGGAUCCUGGCAUGGCUCCAUAUAUCAAAUCAGGGGGAGAACUGGACAUAGUGGUUACCUCCAAUAAAGAAGUAAAAGUUGCUGCCAUUCGAGAUGCUUUCCAAGAAGUCUUUGGAAUGGCCACAGUUACAGGAGAAGCUGGACUGUCUAACAUUGCACCACAACCUGUGGGCUAUGCAGCUGGAUUAAAAGGCGCUCAGGAAAGGAUAGACAGCUUGCGUCGGACUGGAGUGAUACAUGAGAAACAGCCUGCUGUAUCUGUAGAAAAUUUCAUCGCAGAAUUGCUUCCUGACAAGUGGUUUGACAUUGGAUGUCUGAUUGUUGAAGAUCCAGUCCAUGGGAUUCAUCUAGAAACUUUUACCCAAGCAACACCAGUGCCUCUGGAAUACAUUCAACAGGCUCAGAGUCUCACUCCCCAGGACUACAAUCUAAGAUGGUCAGGUCUUUUGGUGACAGUUGGUGAAGUGCUGGAGAAGAAUUUACUGAAUAUCAACAGGACUGAUUGGCAUAUGGCAUUCACUGGUAUGUCCCGUCGACAAAUGAUCUACAGUGCAGCCAAGGCUAUAGCAGGAAUGUACAAACAACAUUUACCACCCAGGACCAUUUGAAAGAAGCUUGACUCAUCACACAGAGUGCUGUUUUUCUGUUCAGCUUGAUAUGAAGGAAAAGAUUGCAGCUUCUCCCAAUAUUCAAGUCCUCAGUGAAUACAGCGCAAUUUUGUAAUCUACCUGUAAACUGUAAUUUUUUUCUUUAAAAAAAAAAUGAAGGUACUGUUCCAAUAAUGGAAAUGAACUCCAAUUUUUAAUAAUCCAGUAUAAUUAAUGAGAAGAGAAUUAGAUGCAAACAGAUGCAUUUAUAGCAGGACCAAAUAGCAUUAAAAUUUGUAAGGUGGAAUGCAUUUUCAUUUUAGACACUUAAUAGGUAUUUGCUGAGACACUUAACUUUUUUUAAAGGGGGCGAGGGUACAAAUAUUAUAUUUGAGUAAAAUAUUAAGUUAUCUUUUGCAUUUCAGUCAAGGCACUACCCUGUAUUUUCUAGAUGCCUACGUUUUGGAAGUAUUUAGCACUUCAUAGGGUUGGCCCCUAUGUGUGCAUGAUCUCAGAACUGUUGCUGAGUAGCUCUAAAACAUCUUAAAAGUGAAUAACCAAGGAAGGGCAUAGGUCCAUGCUCAAAUAUAUCCAAGUUGUGGGCUAAAAUAACUUUGAAUUUUCAUCUUCCAUACCUUUUUUUAAAUACUUUUUCUGAAGUAUGGUCCAACCCAACUCCCCUGGAAUCCAAUGAAUUAGGCACUUCAUACAUAUAAAAAUGUCGUCAACUCAGUAUAACACAGUUCACUUAUUCCAGCAUUUAUCUACAUACAGUCAUCCAGGCUACAGAAAGAAUAUUGCAUAAGAGCUUGCAUAUCAGUUUUCAUCUACCACAAGUUAAUAUAGCAAACUGUGAUAUUCAUACUGUUUGCUCUGCCAUUCGGUAUUUUCCAAAGCAGGAAUAGAAUCCUGCAUGGUGUGAUAAGUGUCAUUGAUUCACUACUUCUCCUAUACAUCUUUGAUAUCUGUCCUUCAUAGCUGAAGAUACCCCAUAUCUAUGCUCAAAGAUAAUCCUAAAUCUCUAUUCAGAAAUACAGAAGUUAUUGUAAAAGAAUAUUUUGAUAAUAGGUUUGUUUUAAAAACAAAGAAUUCUUUGUUUUGCCUUAAAACACUAGAUAUUCAGCUUGAACUUCUCUGCCUUUAUCUUUUGUAGAUGCUUUCAAAGAACAUUUUUAUAUGCCAUAUACUGUCUAGCCAACUUAUAUUUGUACCCAGUGAAGACCUGUCCUUUUUCCAAGUAAUAUAUUUUGCCAUAAUUGGCUGUGUAAAUUAAUAUUAAAUAAACAUUUUUCCUACAGAAUUAAACCUUUUUCAUUUAAGAUUUUUUUUAAAUAGUUUGCCUGAAUAAGUGUAACUUUUACUGUAUCUUACACAGGCCAUUAGUAUAACUGAUAUGUAGAAUUGAUACAGCAUAGCUUUGUUAUUUGAAAAUAGAAAGCUACUACUUCAAUAUUUUUGGACCAAGAGCUCAAAAUAAGAGAAGUGGGCCCAAACAAGCUCUUUAUUUUCUUCACUGCUCUGAGUCUCUAAACCAUUCGAUCUCAUGCCUUCUUUUCUUUCUCAAAUUUAGAAUAUUUGAUCUCCUUCCCCAAGAAAAUAGCUUAAAAGUGGGGCUUGGAUAAUAUAGUGAUGCAGACCACAGAGCAAGACUUUUCAUAUGGAGUCAGAGUUCUCUUCCCUCCUCAUGAAUCUUUUGAAAAUUAAGUAAAUCAAGAAUCUGAGAUAGUGUCAGGAGAAGAAAACCAAGCAAAUGAAAAUCACUUCAGAAACAGUAUUUUAUGUCUUACACAAUCUCUUACAGAAUGAGUGCAUCUCCAGUCAAUUUUAUUCGUACCACUACUGUGUGGCAGGCAGCACGCUACCUGGAAAAUAUUUUCAGUAAAGAUGGUAAGCUGCGGCUAUGUCUAAUCCUAUCUGUAAGAGCAGCCUGGCAUUUUUCAUCAUAAUCCAAAAAGAUGGUAUAGAAACCUCUUGUCUGUCAGCCUUCAGUAAGGGCAUCUUUGUCCUUUCAACUCAUGGAUUUAUUUUUUUUCUUCAAUACGUGUUGUGAAAAAUGUUAGUUGCUCUUUUUCCCCAAGGUGUAGGUAAAAGAUUUCUAAUACUCAAUGGGUUUACAUGUCCAGGCAUGAAUCAGACCCCCUAUUAAAAUUGAAAUAGCCUAUCUUGUUUUCCUCCUGGACUUCUUUGUCCUCUCUCCUGAAAGUUGUCACCAUGAUGAAGUGAACCACUGCUAAUUUUUCAGCACCUUGCUCACAGUGACAGCUGCUCAAGAAUGGGUGGCCGUGACAUGCACUUCCUGUGAUGAUACUAGGUAGGAUUGAAGUUGCCCAACUGCCUGACCCAGGUUAGUUGUGUAGUGUACAGCACUGUUAUAACUCUUUACCUCAGAGUUCAUCACCAUACAAAACAGUCAAGAAUCUGCUAUGCCGAUGCGGUCUCUGAAUCCCCAGUGUCAGUUGCCCAAAAAUUUUGGGUAGAUGGUAAUUUUUUAAAAGGAUGCCACUCAUUCAGACUUGGAGUUCUUUACAACUAGAGUUCUGGACAAAAAGUCAAACCACUCAGUUUCUUCUCAAAUGGGGUAUUAAACUCUGAACAGUUGGCGUGUAUGAGGCAGGAGCAUAUCUACUCUAUGGAAUGUAAGUAGUUUCACAGUGAGAUCCAACACAUUCUUGAUUGCCUUUAGAAAAAGGAAGCACUGAAACUGCUUGUCUGUAAGGCAAGCAGGUACGGCUUGAAUUUCACUUCACAUCCUAAUAUUACAAGGUAAAACCAACUCUGUUUUCCUAAUAUAAAUUGUUCCCAAUUACUCCUAACACUUCUCAGUAUAAGUGAGAGAGUUUCUCGUAGGCGGUAUGGAGGAAGUGGGCCAGUGGAAGACUUGCAUGCAGCAGACUUCCAGGUGAAGUUGGGAAAGGUGUUCCAUGUAAGGCUUAUUUUUUUUUAAAAUUUUAAUUUAAAUGAGAGCUGAGCACUGUACAAAUACAUUGAAAUGUUUGAUUUUAUUAAUGUUCAAUCAGUUCACUUCUAUCAAGCAGCAGCUCUUCAUACAAAUAGAAAUGUCCCCAUACAUGAGUCACUACCUCAGCCUCUCCUAACUCCUUCGUAAAGGCCAGGCCAAACACAAGCUCCCUGCACUUUGCUCUGAAACCUGACAAAUUGGGCUAUAUUGGACCAGUGUGGGAGCCCAUUGCAGAGUCUGAGCCCUUGCUAGCUGCCCCACUUUCCCUGUUACAUCAAGCUCUUCCACUGAUGGUAACUGGGACUGUAUCGUGGGGGAAGUGAGUUGGGCUCUCAGUGAACAAUAUGAUGGCCCACAAUUAUAAAUUAACACAGUUCUUUAAGAAUAAAUGUGGUUGCUUAUAAGAUAAAAGCAUUUCAGAGAAAACAUUAAAAACAAGAAAAGAACCUACACAGAUGCUAAAAAGCUUACUUGAGGUCACCCUAAUUCAACCUUGGGGUUCUAGUAGGUGUCAGUCCUUAAAAACCUCCAACUGGUUUUUCCUUGUGGUUACAAGUUCAUAAUUGUCUUAGGUUCAGAACCGGCUCAACCAUGAAUAGUCCAGUCUUAACUUUAUACAGCUUGGGCCUUUGAUCCUUGCCUUGUGUAAUGGGUGAUCCACAGACUGAUCCCCUCUGCAGGGAUAGUUUCAAAAGCCUGCAUUCACUUCCCUUCAGAUGUUCCCUUGGAGAAAACAUGUUUUGUUCCAAAAGUCCAUUUGUGUUUGUCACAUUGUUCAACAGAGUUCUUUGAACCUCUCCCCCAGUGUCUCAACUGUCCUAAUAUCCUCCCUUGAGAGGUUGUAUACAAUACUGGUUCACAGUAAUACAUAAACCAUUCAUUUAAUACCAUGGACCCCAAAGAUACUUAGUUCAAUAAUGUCUUCUAACCACACUUUAGGAAACUGCUAUCUGUCACUUCUAGUAUGCUGCCAUUAUCCUGCUGGUACAAUUAAUUGAUAAUGAAAACUUUAAAACAAAGACAAAAGCAAAAUGUGUGGUACUUGUGAAAAUGUGACCAUCACUUUGAAACUCCCAGCUCUCUUAUACUAGUUACACUGUCUCAAAAUAGAACUGUUCCUGUUAUCGCUAAGAUUCUUUGUAGGGAUUUUCUCUGUACUACAGUUGGAUUCCUCUGCUUUGACCCUAAUUUUCUUCAAACUUCUUUAGCAAGCAGCACAAUAUGAGAUUAAAGUCAUUACCUCCGUUCUCAUGACAUCUGAUUUGCUCUGUUUUUAACUUUCCUUUUUCAGUUUCCAGUGCUUCCGUCAUUCUGUUUUUGUCUAUAUUUUUUUUUCUCCCCAUCUCCUCCCAAAGAGUUACUACUUCUAUUUUGUUGUUCUUUAAACUUUUCUUCAUAUAACUGAUCAAACCACUCUCCAUUCAACGGAAGUCCUGCUGCUGUCACUAUAUCUUCCUCGGACCUUUCAUGCUCUCUCAGGCUGCCAUUCUGAACCUUCUGAUUCCAUCACUUCCUCCUACCCUUGACGUGCACCCAGUCAUUCCACUUACUCUUUGAAGCAGGAGCUCUGUGUAUCAACUGAGAAUGCAAGUUGCCCCUCCCCCUCUGUUUUUGCAUUCAGCAUUUAACAUCAAUGUAUGUUGAUAUAGCAUUCAAAGCAAGAUGUUAAAUGUUUCCCAUCUUGCCUGGUGUGGUUUUUUUCCCCUCUGUCUGAUUCUUUUUAUUAUGUAUUUGAAAAGGUAUUCAAGGGCAGAAAGGAACCACUGACACUCGUACUGAAUUCUACCUACUCUUAUGUAAUGCUCCCAAACAUUUGGAGCCAUAAUUCAAAGGAGUAUUUAUGGUGUAAUUUUACCAUAGAAGGGACUGCUGUCUGGAUAUUUUCCAUUUGUGAAGUUUUCAGUGAAUUAAGGACAUAGACGAAAGGAUGCACUCUCUGUUUCUAACGAACAUCUUUUUUUUUAAAGGCAAUUUUUAAUAAUUUAAUCUCAUCAGAUUGUCUCGCUUACAUGUAUUAAAACUCAUUUGUAUUGUUUAAGUGUAAUAAAGCCAUGGCUAACUAGAA